AUGAAGGACUUUCCCAACUAUGAGAAAAGCGUCCAUGAAGGUCUCCAGCAUAUCUACGACACCCUCUUGUCAUUGAAAAACAAUCGUGCUCAUUAUAUUAGUCUGAAGCAAGUGUACACGAUUUAUGAUCAAUUUCUCACCUUCUUGAAAGAUUUAAGAGUGGCAAGAAAGGAUGAAGAACUCAAGGGGAUGACAUUAAACCUUCCUAACGUCAACGAUAAACUCAUAGAUGACAUUUGGCAACUUGUUUCUUUGUGUUUCGUUACUUGUGGUCUCACAAAAUUUGCCCCCGCAACCUACUCUUCACUCUCCACCGUCUAUAAACUUCUUCUUCAUCUCAAGGGAUGCCAGGUGUACACUAAGGCGGAUCUCAAGCCCAUAAAUCACCGGCUUGACGAAAUCCGCCAGAUUUUGGACCAAAGUUACCAAGACGACGAACAGGAAGAGAACUCCAACCGAAGCGAAGAGUACCUUUUACUCCGUUAUAAGCUCAAGAAAUGCCAGGACCUUUACUCCGAAUUGGAGGCAGCCAUCAAGCUGAUUCCCACAGACCUCCAACCGGUUUAUAGCGAGUUGUUGGCGAUUCGUAAAGGUCUUCUCAACUAUGUCACUGCCGCGGAACCCGACGAGGCUACACUCUCGGAGCUCAAAGACCGUCUUAAGAAGGUGGAACAGCAACGUGAUGAAGAAGGAAAAUUCCACUCUGAGCUUGUCAGUGCCGGCAAAUUAUUGCCCAACCAGAUGGUGUUGGAUGGAUUAUUGGACGAUUGUAACAAUAUUAUCAAUGAUUUAUCGGUGGAGAAAAACAAAGAUAUCAACAGUCUUUUCGAAAAAUUAUCGCUCAGCGAUGAAGACAAGGAUGCAGUUACCAAGCUCAAAAGCAUGUAUUGGCGUCUUUUGGAUAUAAAGCAGACUCUCGAAAGCUUACUCGUAACCAGAAGAUGGACGCUUCGUGAAACGGAUUUGUACACUUACCAAAAACAUUUGAAGGAGAUCGAAGAAGAGCGAACCGCCCUCGAAUUGACCCCUGCUACUCAGAAAGACAAGAACGUCAAGAAACUUCAAAUUGUCAUUAUUUAUCUCUUGCGAAGAUGUUACUCACUCAUUUACAAGCUCCUUGAAUCCCUGGAGCCAGUGCUGGAGUCGCUUCAGCCCAUACAUAACCAAUUGCUGACGGUAAGGCGGUGCUUGCUUGAAUUGAAAAGGAUUGACGGACUCAACAAUUUGCGAGAAUUAUAUCCGUUUCAAUUUAAAUUGGCAUCUCUUGACAACCUUCGUCGGGAUGGAAAGUUCAUUGUCAACAAUCAAAUACCAGAGGGCCAGGGAACAUUGAAUGCGUUACUUGCAGAGUGCUUUGAUAUAUUGCAUGAGUUGAAAAUUGAACUUGAAGAAAAGGAGGAUAAUAGAAACAGUUCCGAAGAAGAUGUCACCGACGAAGAAGACAAGAUGAGCGACGACGAAGUCGAAUUGAAACGCAGCCGGUUUGUGGGGUUCAACGAAGCAGACUACGAUCGAGCGUCGCAGUCAUCGUGUGUAAGUGAUUCUGAAUACGUGAGCGACUCUGAGUAUGAAGGCAAUGACUACUAUUAA